AUGUCGUGUGGCCUGAGCUCCCCGCCCGCCAACAUCACCACCUCCGUGCCCAGCCUCGUCACGCCCAUGGUCAACGGCUUCACGGGCAUCCCCCACCAGCCCAACGGACACCCCGCCGUGGAGGCAGUGUACACCAACGGCCUGCCGUCCUACUCCACCCAGAGCCCCAGCGCGGCCGACACCCUGCAGCAAGCCUUCACCGGGGUGCAGCAGUACACCGCCAUCUACCCCGCCACCACCCUGACUCAGAUCGGUCAGACCAUGCCCCAGCAGCAGCAGGUCAUCCAGCAGCAGCAGCAGAGAGAAGGACCGGAGGGCUGUAACCUCUUCAUCUACCACCUGCCACAGGAGUUUGGAGAUAAUGAACUCAUGCAGAUGUUUUUACCCUUCGGCUCCGUCAUCUCCUCCAAGGUCUUCAUGGACCGGGCGACCAACCAGAGCAAGUGCUUCGGUUUUGUCAGCUUUGACAACCCCUCCAGUGCCCAGGCUGCCAUUCAAGCCAUGAAUGGAUUUCAGAUCGGGAUGAAGCGGUUGAAAGUGCAGCUAAAGAGACCGAAGGAUGCCAGCCGCCCUUAUUGACCCCGCAUUCCUUCAGGUUCCACUGCACCAACAGGUUUUUGAGGACGUGACGAUAUCUGGGAGGAGUUCAACUUUUUUUCUCGUUUGAAAACAAAUGAAAUCUGUUUUAAAAAAAAU